AUGGCGAAAAUAAUUUCAAUUGUGGCAUUUCUAGCCCUCGGAGGGACUGCAAACUCCGAGGGACGCUGCAAGGUCUAUCCAGGUGAUAUCGAAUGGCCCUCCGACGAAGCCUGGGAGUCUCUGAAUACACGUGUCGACAAUCGCCUUCUCAAACCACGCCCUCAAGCUGCGGUAUGCUACCCGGGCGCGGAGUACGACGCGGCUCGGUGCACAACGAUAUCGGCCAACUGGACCAACUCGUACAUCCACCUCGACGAUCCUAUCGAGAUGCUCUCCCCAGUGUACCAGGGCUUGACAUGUCUUCCGCCCAAUGUCUACGACUCCGGAAACUGUACGAUGGGCGGCUUCCCAUGGUACGUUAUCAAUGCGACGUCCCCCAAGCAUGUCCAGGAAGGAGUCAGAUUUGCCAAAGAGACGGGCAUUCGGCUUGUGGUGAAGAACACGGGACACGAUUUCUCAGGAAAGUCUGGUGGAGCAGAGUCCUUGAGUAUCUGGACGCAUUACUUGAAGGAUGUCGAGUAUAUCGAAGAGAUUGUCGAUGAUGUGGAGGGGUACUCCGGUCCUGCAUUCAAGUGUGGGACUGGUGUACAGGCGUUCGAGAUUUACGAGAUUGCGCAUCAACACGGGAAGGUCGUCGUUGGUGGCGAAGGACAGACUGUCGGGGUGAUGGGAGGUUAUAUCCAAGGCGGCGGCCACUCUCCCCUCAGCUCAAUUUACGGCACCGGCGCAGAUCAAGCGCUAGCUUUUGAAGUCGUCACAGCUGAUGGUGAGUUUGUUACGGCGGAUCACACGCAGAACUCGGACCUCUUCUGGGCACUCCGAGGAGGCGGUGGCUCAACAUUUGGAGUUGCGACAUCUGUUACCGUCAAAGCCUUUCCGGACAUGCCAACUACCGCCUCAAGCUUCAAAUUCUCGACAGGAGAUGGGAUAACGAACGAAAGCUUUUGGGCCGGGGUACGGAGCUACUUUGAUCACUUCAUCCACAACGCCGACAACGGAACAUACGCGUAUUUCGUCAUGCUACCCAACAACCCCAGCCCGGGCAAUUUCUUGUUCCAGAUGACGCCGUUCUUUGCGCCUAACAAGACGUCAAGCGACGUGGAGACUCUGCUGGCCCCGUGGUUUACCGAACUCAGGGAUCUGGGCAUUAACUUUGACCCAAACAUCACGGAAUACGAUUCUUUCUACCCCGCCUGGAAAGACUUCUUCCCACUAGAGGUGGUUGAAAAGGUUAACGUGCAGAGUGGUUCUCGUUUAUGGCCACGAAGGAACUUUGCAUCCGAAGAGCUGAAGCAAGCGACUUUCGACGCCAUUCGCACUUCUCUCGAGACGAACCACGUCUUUGUCGGUUUCAACAUCAAAGCUACCAGCCCAGACAACCCACACAACGCGGUCAACCCCGCUUGGCGCGAGAAUAUUCUCUUUGCCAUUCAGUCAGUGCGCUGGUCUGUCAAUGCCACUGCCGAGCAGAUCCUCGAAGCCAGAAACGGGUUCACCUUUGGGGAUAUGCAGCGGUGGCGAGACGCCUCUCCGGGUGCCGGGUCGUACCUUGCGGAGUCGGAUCGUAUGGAGCCAAACUUCCAGCAGGCCUUCUAUGGGGACGAGAAAUAUCCUAAACUUCUAGAGCUCAAGCGCAAAUGGGAUCCGGAAGACUUGUUCUACGCCGCGACGGCGGUUGGAAGCGAGUUCUGGGAGAUAGAAACUGCGGACGGGCUUCCUCAUGAAAACGGCAGACUGUGCCGCGUUGCUUAG